AUGAAUUUUAACAGAUAGGAAUUACUUAAUUUGUAAAAUAGAAUAUUAAAUCGUCCAAAGAGAUUGAAUUCUGUCUAUGUGGCACCAGCAUUUGAUGAUAUAGGAAUCUUGGCUGAAUUACCUAACAAUAAAGUCCCAAGUCUAGGAUUCAAGUAAUAAAGUGCAUUAAGAACCUAAAUUAAAAAAUAUCGAAAUUUAUAUCUAUAUGACAAGAAGCUAUUUAGAAACAAGAAAGAAUCCAGAGACUUUAGAGAAAACAUUGAAAACAAAGGAUCCACUCAUUAGAUCAAUAGUUCGAAAUUAUCUGCAUCGCCUCUAUGGGAAGAUGAUAUGAAAAUUACUAAAUUAAGCAUUAUCAAAUCAGAAAUAUUGAGAAAUAAAGUUCCAGAUAUUCCAAAAUUACACAAUAAUUCCUAAUCCAAUUGUCCCAGAAGAUUAUCUAAUAUCAAUCCAGAACCAAUAUAAUUUAAAAAUUUAGUAGCGUUACCCUCUAUCCGUGGGUGGGACAAUAACAACCAAAACACUUAGAGAUCAAACUGA